AUGCUCACUUAUGCUGGGUGGACAAGAAGUUUUAAUGUCACUCGUGGUCACUAUCAACUAGUCGUACUUCUAGCUAGGACAAUUUUUGACUAGCUAAUAUUAUGAGUUACUUUUGUAAGAUCUAAUAUUUAUUGCAUAAAAAUGACUUAAGAUUACUGUAUGAAUCUUGAUGAGGCUACUCACUCCUGUUGAUACUAAUUCUCCUUUAGGAAGAUGAUCGAAUAAAAAAUGCAUUAUAAGCUGCUCCACUCACUGCAUAGUUGUCAGCCAUCAUAUAGUCAUGAGCAAGAUUCUUCUUUCUUGCUGAUAGAGCCAUUUUUAAGACAUCCCGAACAAGCAUUCUAGCUCUAGUUAGGGGCGCAACCAAUCUUGUUAAUGAAUCCCUCAGGUUAUUUAACUCAGCCUUUUCAUAUCAGCUCGCAAGAGGGAGCAGCAGCUAGUGGCGCCAAGAAGUCGGAUGGUAGCUCUUUCCAGGCUGUUUUAAGGCAGUCUGCACUGAACUUUGUGCGGGUUUUUCACGGAACUCGCUCGCGAUACAAAAAAAAAAAGUGCGAGAUUAACUGUAUUGUAUUGUUAGAAUUGCUGACGAAUACGGGUGACGGUAGAGGAGCGGGAGGCUCAGAAGUGAGAGACAUUUUCCCGAAUGAGAUACUGGUAUAGAACUAGAGAGAACAUGGUAAAUAGGUAACAUUGACACCAUUCAGUAUAUAUUAGACAACAGAGCUAGUUAUGCGCCAACAUUGUAUUAACGCAAUUGUAUAUGUAAGAACACUAUUGUAUGGAACUACGGUCACCAUGAACGGUGAUAACAGGGACAAUAGCAUGCAACACUAUUGUAUGUGUCAAAAUAGCGCUAUUAUCUAUCCAUUUGCUCUGCACAGCGACAUAGAUUUGGAAGCCAUUACCUGUACACACAUUCUUGACAAUGAAACGUUAUAACAGCAGCAGCACUGAAGACUCCAAUAAGAAAAGAACCAGAAGAGUCACUGGGGGAAAAUGACAAAGAUCAUUACAGAGAUAUUGAAUGAGAAAAUGUAUGUAUUUAUCGAAUUGGACUCAAUAUUGGGAAAACGAAACAGAUUAGGUUCAGAG